AUGAGUGUAAAUAGUAAGAAGGUGCAGGUGAAGAACAAGAGCGCGGCCGACAUUCAGAUAACGGCAGAACAGCUAAUAAACGAAGCGCUAGAUUUAGAAGAAGUUGAGAGGAAGGUAAACUACAAUUUAAUUGAUGAGGACGAAUUAAAUGAAUAUAAGAUAACUAAAAGGAAAGAAUUUGAAGAUAAGAUAAGAAAAAGGAGGUAUUUAAUAAGUACCUAUAUAAAAUAUGCUCUUUGGGAAAUAAAACAAAAAGAUAUAAAAAGAGCUAGAUCUAUUUUUGAAAGAGCUUUAAAUAUAGAUUAUACAAACAAGAAUUUAUGGUUAAAAUAUGUAGAAGUUGAGUUAACAAAUAAAAAUAUUAACAGUGCAAGGAAUUUACUAGAGAGAGUAGUUUUAUUAUUACCAUUAGAGAAUACCUUUUGGAAGAAAUAUGCACAUUUAGAAGAGAUUUUAAAUAAUUUUGUAAAUACUCGAAAUAUAUACGAAAGAUGGAUUAAAUGGAAAAUAGAUGAAACAUCGUUUUUAUGUUAUAUUAAUUUUGAAGAAAGAUGUAAAGAAAUAAGUAAAUGUCGAGAAAUAUUCGAAAGACUUAUUGUUAGUAUACCCAAACUAGAGUGUUUUUAUAAAUUUAUUAGAUUUGAAAAGAAAUAUAAAAAUAUUGAUAGAGCUAGAGCAUGUUUUGAAAAAUGUAUACAAUUAUUUCCUUCCUCAUUUUUAGAUGAAAAUUUCUAUAUAUACUUUUGUAAUUUUGAAGAAGAAAAUAAUGAGUAUGAAAGAUGUCGAAAAAUAUAUAUAGAAGCCUUGAAGAGGUUACCAAAAGAUAAGAGUGAGCUUUUAUAUAAAAACUUUUUACAAUUUCAAAAAAAAUAUGCUAAUAAAGAAGAGUUAGAUCAAACUCUAAUAUUAAAAGAAAGGAUAUACUAUGAGGAAGAAUUAAAAAAGAGUCCAGCUGAUUAUGAUAUAUGGUUUAAUUAUAUUAAACUAGAAGAAUCUAAUAUUAAUUUAAUAAAUAAAGACAAGUCUAUUGUUCGAAUAAGAGAAUUAUAUGAAAGGGCAAUAUGUGUUGUGCCUUUAGUAUCAAAUAAAAAAUUUUGGAAAAGAUACAUUUAUAUAUGGAUUAACUAUUCUAUAUUUGAAGAAUUAUAUGCUGAGAAUAUAGAAAGAGCUAGACAAGUGUAUAAAAAUAUUUUUAAAAUUUUAAGUAAGCAAAAUUUUACAUUUAAAAAGAUUUAUAUUCUUUAUGCUAAUUUUGAAUUAAGGCAAUUAGAAAUUCAAAAUGUAAGAUCUAUAUACAAUCAUGCAAUUGAAAACGUGAAGAAGGAAAAAAUAUUUGAAGAAUAUUGCGAUAUAGAAUUGCGUCUAGGUAACAUCAAGGAAUGUAGAGAAAUUUACGCUAAGUAUGUGGAAUCCUUCCCCUUCAACUCGAAGGCAUGGUUAUCAAUGAUUAACUUUGAGCUCUCAUUGGAUGAAGUUGAGAGGGCUCGGCAGAUCGCGGAAAUAGCUAUACACUUGGAUGAUAUGAAGCUGCCUGAACUGAUAUGGAAGAAUUACAUAGACUUAGAAAUAAACCUACAGGAGUAUGAAAGGGCGAAGAACCUUUAUGAGAGGUUAUUAAAUAUAACUCAACAUUAUAAGGUUUACAAAAGUUAUGCGGAGUUUCAAUACAUCUACUUCGAUGAUAUAAUUCGGUGUAGAGAAAUUCUGGAGGACGGAAUUGAAUUUUGCAAAAAGAAUGAAUUAGCGAAUGAAAGAUGUAUAUUGAUAAACUUUUUAUAUGAAAUUGAAAAGGAUUAUGGAGAUAAAGAAGUUAUUGAAAAAACUUCAAAAAGAUUACCCAAAAAAGUUAAGAGGAAAGUCAUCAAAAAUAAUGAGGAUGAAAUGGUCGAGGAAUAUAUCACCUACGUUUUCCCUGACGACGGAAACCAAUCACAAGUAAAAAAAAAUAUUAAUGAACAGUUCAACAUGAAGAUACUACAAAAAGCCCUGGAAUGGAAGAAGCAAAUGGAAGAGAGGAAGAAGAAGGAAGACGAAGAGAAGCGAAGAGAGAAAGAUAAGGAAGAAAAACAGGAAGAAGAGGAUGAGGAAGAAGAGGACGAGGAAGAAGAGGACGAGGAAGAAGAGGACGAGGAAGAAGAGGACGAGGAAGAAGAGGACGAGGAAGAAGAGGACGAGGAAGAAGAAGAUGAGGAAGAAGAGGACGGGGAAGAAGAAGAUGAGGAAGAAGAGGACGGGGAAGAAGAUGAGGAUAAUGAAAAAGAGAAUAAGGAAGAACAGAAAGAGGAAGAAAGAUGA